UGGCCCCGGCCGGGCGCUUUUAGCCCUCCCGCCGUUGCCAUACUACUGCUGCUGCAAGCCAAAGCCAGGCACCCGGGGUCUCCACCAUGGAGCGCAGCUCGGCCGCCGUGGGUGCCGUGAGGCGCCUCCGCACGCAUCCUGCUCAGCAGCAGCAGCAGCACCCUCGCCCAAACCAGCAGCAGCAGCAGCCGCCGUGGCGCCCGGGCCAGGAGCCCGACGGACUGGACGGGAAGAAGCCGGCGGGCAGCCGGGGAGGAGGAGGAGCGAGGGGCCUCCCGCUGCUGCCGGAGGCGCGCACGGCCCUGCUGCUGCUACUCUACUUGCUGGCGCUGCGCGGGAUCGCGCACCUCUCCCUGCGGAGGCUGGUGCAGCCGGCGGAGCGCCGCCCCGGCGAGGAUUUCAGCGCCCCGCGCGCCAGGACUUACCUAGAAAACAUUACUGCAAUUGGGCCCAGAGCAGUUGGAAGUCCGGAAAACGAAAUCUUCACAGUCAACUACCUCUUGGAACAAGUUAAAGCUAUUGAAACUCAAAGCAGUCAUGUCCAUACCAUCUCUGUCGAUAUCCAGAGGCCCACGGGCACCUUCAGUAUUGAUUUUCUUGGAGGCUUUACCAGUUACUAUGACAACAUUACUAAUGUCGUGGUCAAGCUGGAACCCAGGACUGGAGCAGAGCAUUCGGUGCUCUCCAACUGCCACUUUGACUCUGUACCACAUACUGUCGGGGCCAGCGACGAUGCAGUCAGCUGUUCCGUGAUGCUUGAGAUACUGCACACCCUUUCUAAAUCACCCAAACCAUUGCAGCAUGCUGUCAUAUUCCUGUUUAAUGGUGCAGAAGAGAGUGUCUUGCAGGCUAGUCAUGGCUUCAUUACUCAGCACCCCUGGGCUAAAUCAGUUAGAGCAUUUAUUAAUCUGGAGGCUGCUGGAGUAGGAGGGAAAGAACUUGUGUUUCAGACAGGACCUGAAAACCCCUGGCUGGUGCAAGCAUAUAUCUCUGCUGCAAAGCACCCUUUUGGUUGUGUUGUGGCUCAGGAAGUGUUUCAGAGUGGCAUUAUCCCUGCAGAAACAGAUUUCCGCAUUUACAGAGAUUUCGGCAACGUUCCAGGGAUAGACCUGGCUUUCAUUGAAAAUGGUUACAUCUACCACACGAAGUACGACACGGCAGACCGAAUUCUGACAGAUUCUAUUCAGAGAGCAGGUGACAAUAUUUUGGGUGUGCUAAAGUACUUAGCGGAGUCGGACAAACUGGCCAAGUCUCAUGAAUACCGACAUGGAAAUGUUGUCUUCUUUGAUGUCUUUGGCAUGUUCGUUAUGUCCUACCCAGCUCGUGUCGGCUCCAUUAUGAACUAUAUUGUUACAGCAGUUGCGUUUCUUUAUCUGGGGAGAAAAACAUUGCAACUGAGAAAAAGAGUGAGUUAUCUGAAGGAACUUGCCAUUGCCUUUGGCUUCUCAGUCCUCAGUUGGCUUGCUGUCUUGAUUGGCGUCCUUAUCAUAGCCGUGUUCAUCUCUCUCCUUGGACGCUCCCUUUUCUGGUACACCCACUUCCAUGCCUCCGUUCUUCUGUAUGGAACUGCAGCCGUGGCUGGACUAAUUCUCUUGCAUACAUUAGCCAAGACAUUCUAUUACAAAAACACAAGCGAACAGUUCCUGGGAGAGCUCUUCUUUGACGUUCCAGUUGUUUUUUGGUCAAUUAUGUUGGCUUUGCUUACUUACCUAGGACAUUCCUCAGCAUUUGUCAGUGCAAUAUGGAUUGUGUUUCCGCUGCUCACAAAAUUAAUGACCUAUAAGGAACUGAAAGAAAAAGGUGCCACAAUGAAGUUUCUAGCAGUUUACCUCCUGGGAAUGUUUAUUCCACAUGUCUAUUCGUUAUACCUCAACUGGAUUAUAUUUGAAAUGUUAAUUCCCAUCUUGGGACGCAGUGGUUCCGAAAUUCCACCCGAUGUCAUCGUGGCUGCUUUUAUCGUUUUGGCGACGAUAUUUCUGUCUUCCUACUUUCUUAAAUUCAUCUACCUUGCCAAAAGUACAAAGAUGUCAAUAAUAACGUUAGCAACUGUUUCUGCAGUCAUGUUCGUCCUGGUUUGCAGUGGAAUCUUCUUUCCGUUCAGUUCAGAUUUUGCAAACCCCAGACCAAAGCGAAUCUUUCUUCAGCACAUGAGUCGAAGAUUUCAUAGCCUGGAUGGGCAGUUGGCGAAAAGUGAUUCUGGAAUAUGGAUUAAUGGGCUCGACUAUGGCGGGAUAUCUCAUAUCACUCCUCAUAUACCUGAACUCAACGAUUCCAUUAGAACAAAAUGCGAGGAAGGCGCACCUCUCUGUGGAUUUCCCUGGAUCCUUCCUGUGGACUAUUUAUUCAAGAAAAAUUGGUAUCUUCCUGCUCCAGCCAUCACUCCCAAGAAACCAGCUCACUUUCAGCUUCUCUCCAAAGAGCGAACGCCGUCAGAUUCUACAAAGUUCACCUUUGAAAUAACCGGUCCAAGUCACAUGUCAGUGUUUCUUCGACCACGUGAAGGUUCAACACUGUCCAGGUGGUCUCUGGGAGAUGGAACUCCUCUUGCUAAUAAUGUAGGCAGAGAUUAUUUUAUAUAUUAUACACAUGGACUCCAGGCCUCGCCAUGGCGCUUCUGGAUAGAAAUGAAGGCUUCUGAAGAGCCCACUAAAGGAAUGGUCACCCUUUCUGUGGUUUCGCAGUAUUUAUUUGAAGAAGAUCACAACUCUCCUCAGUUGCAGGCCUUAGCUGAACGAUUUCCCAACUGGACUUUUACCUCAGGCUGGGUCUCCACCUAUGAUCAAUUUAUCUUUUAACCCAGAGAUAACACAAAGGUAAAUUGUUUCCCAUACAUUGGAUGCAGCUUUCGCUCAUAAGGAGUUGGGAAGAAUGAGUAUUGUUGACAAAAAAUACUGUGUAAAAUACUUCAGCCACAAAGGUAUUUCUAUGGCAGCUUGAAUAUGUAAAAGGGGGUGGGGGCAUGGGGGGAGAGAAGGAAACCUUUGUGGUUUUUAUGCAAAAUAUCACCUACUUGAAAGCUGCCUUUUAGGAAGGGGUUUUAGAGUUGCCGUCCUGGGCAUCUUGCAAUAAAAGGGGCUUUGCGCAGGCAUUCCAAGCACAAUGUAAAACCCUCCGCAGGCUUUAAACAACCCGAGUUCUGCCUUCCAGUAACAUUUUGAUUCGUUGUGUUCUUAAUCGGCUAAAGUUAGGCUUUGACUUGGAGACUUUUAAGACUGUACAUCAUGGAAGAUAAAAGAAGCGCCAGUGAUCGUUACAGCUCCAAAGUAUUGAUGCCCAUUUAGAACACCGUCUAUAAUCGAAGCUCUUUAAAUUCUUAACCGCAGAGACCUUGGCGAUUGCUAAUUCUUGCCUGCUCUGAUUUUACGGUUUUUCUUUCUAAAAACUUCUGUAUGUCCCUUUUGGGGCAUUGUACUGAUGCUCGACUGCAGUGUCUCUGAGUAGAAGUUGGACCAACCCCAAAAUGCGCUCACUUUUCUAUGGGGAUCAAGUGGAACGAAGGCCAGGCUGUAUCGGAUGCAAGCGCACAGUGCUAUUGUCACUUUGGACUUCUAAGCACUGAGCUAGCCACUUUCGCCUUUUGUAUGUAGAUGUCUUAACUGUGUGUUGGGUUUUCAUUCUUGGCAAUACCAACUAUUCAGCAGUUGCUAAAAUUGUCAAUGGUCAGUUCCUAUUCUUUAGUUGCUUUCUUGCAAGUUAGUAGAAACUACACGUUUCCACUGUGUUAUUAUAAGCUUGCAGGAAAUCAAGUUGCACGUGCUUGAAAUGUGCUCCUUUAAAAUAUGUUGGAACGAAGAAACUCUUGUUCAGAGAGAUUUUGAACACAGUAUGCUCAUCUGUAAUUCCUUCCAUUUAAGAUUACAUUGCUCUACUCUGUUUCUAUCGAACUCAAUGGGACUUGCUUUUGAAUAAGUACGUGUAGCAUUAAUGCUAUUCAUGUUUGGGAUUUUGCUAUUAAUGACUUCAGCUUCCAAAGCCCAAAUAUUUUAGUGCAUCGGGGGGAAAGAAACAUGUUCCAAAAGGAAACAUGUUGGGAAGAAUUUGCCUAGGAGGAGGCUGAAAACAGCCCGCCAUAAAUUAGAAGCCAUUUGCAGGUGAAAUAAGCAAAACAUGAAGUGAUAUAAAAAAGCAAAUUAUUUGUUUCAGAUCCACACAGUAAUAACUUCGGACAGAAGGUUCAGGUCCCAUCAAACAGUUUUUUGGGGGCAGGUUUUUAGUCAGAUCAUAGAAAGCACUUCCAGUGGCAACCAAUAUAAAACCUUUUCCCCUUCCUACCUCUUCUGCUUCAUUUGCAUAGCGAAGGAAGGGGGGAAAAUGGCAUUUUCAUCAAAAUGAGUAACAUAGGCUGGACAGUCUCUCUGCUGGAGGACAUGUAAAAAUGGCAUAUGCCAGAAUGUUCAGAGAACUUAAUUGUAUAAAAUACUACUCUAUUCUCUAGAGCAGGUUUCCCCAAAUUUGGCCCUACAGAUGUUUUGGGACUACAAUCCCCAUCAUCCUUGACUACUGGUCGUGUUAGCUAGGGACGAUGGGAGUUGUAGUCCCAAAACAUCUGGAGGUAUGGGUUUGGGGAUGCCUGCUCUAGAGAGUAUGGGAAGAAAAUCAGUGCUGUGGGCAGAAAACUUCCAUUUCCCAGUUAAGCGAUAGUAGGCGGCUGUAAGGCUAUGUUGCCCCUUUGAGCUCCUCAAGACUCAGGUUUGUGGUGCUGCUGCUGCCAAGAUGCCAAAUCACACAGUGUACAAAGCAUGUGCCUGUAGUGGCUUUCACACAGGUGGGGUAGGAACAAAACCAUAUGCAAAAGCCAAGAUGAGAAUUAGCUUGCUGCAAUUCUGCCGUGAAGUAAGUUCCAUUUAAGGGAGUUACCUCCCAGUAAAAAUAAUUAGAUCAGGAUGCUAUUUGAAAUCCCUGGUUCUUCAGCUUUACCGUCCAAAUAUUUUUUGAUUUUUUUCCAUUCAGAUGACUUCUCAACAUUUCCAUUUCCCUCAUUUUUUUUUUAAUGCCAGUAAUCCUGCAUUGCGUUAAUAUUACCUUAUUAAUGUCUUGGAAAGUGUUGCAUAAUUAUAAUUUGAACGUUAAGGUCAACGCCAGCCUAGAUGCCUGCGUGCCACUGAAACUAGCAGCUGUGCAUUUAGCUUCUCCUUUCCUCUCUGUAGCCUCUUGUAUAACUUGUGUCAUGACAUUGUGGGCUGCAUUUUCCUCUCUCCAUUCUAAAUCACUGAAUGGUGAUUGGAAGGAAAUUGAGAAUCCCGUGAUAUCAGAACACAAGGCGUGUUAUACUCCCCGUUACAGAGGGGUGGGGAACCUAAAUAUUUGGCUGCUCUAUUGUGAGAAAUGUUUAGUGGAAUGCGUCAGCUGGUCCUAAGUAACAGCACUGCUUUGUACUUAGAACUCAAAUAUUUCAAGCAAAGUCCAACACAUUGCCUAUAUUACUGUCUUAAUUGUUGUAGCUACAAACCUGCAUUAAUAUGUUAUAUUAAAAAGUGCACAAACUCUUUGCACUAAAAACAACUGAUUUUGCAUGUAGUAUUUUCCAUUCAUAAAAAAAA